UGUUUUACCCAUUUUGAAAACCCUGUUCUCCAACAAUUCAAUUCUACGACUCCCAUCAUCUACGGCGAUUCUGUUUCACUCAGAUAUUCAAAACACCAAAGCAUCUAAACCCUAAAUCUUCCAUACCACUGUGUUCUUUCUCCAUCGAAACUUUGGUCAUAAGAGCAUAAUGGCGUUGUACGAACACGUAAUCUGAUUGAUCUAAACAAAGUACAUCCUAGAGACUAAUGUCUACCCCCGUGAACCUGAACUGUUGAAGGAGCUUUGAGCUCUCACCGCUUCACAUCCAUGGGCUGUCAUGGGCACCGCACCAGACGCUGGCCAGAUGAUCGGGCUUUUGUUAAAGAUCGUUGGCGCAAAAAAACAAUAGAAGUCGGGGUUUUUACGGGUUAUUCGUGGCUUCUAACCGCGUUAACAAUUCCUGAUGAUGGCAAGAUUGUAGCAAUAGAUCCUGAUCGAGAAACGUAUGAGAUCGGUCUCCCGGUUAUGAAAAAAGCUAAGGUGGAGCACAAGUUUGACUUUAUCGAAUCCAAGGCUUUACCCGCUCUUGAUAAAAUGCUAGAAAAUGGCUGUCAUGGGCACUGCACCAGACGCCGGCCAGAUAAUCGGGCUUUUGUUAAAGAUCGUUGGCGUGAAAAAAACAAUAGAAGUCUUUAGAGAUUUGUAAUUUGUAUUUGUAUCUAUAGAUUUCAUAGUUGUUAUAACUUUUAUUUCAGUUUUUCAUGUUACCCAACUCCGUGUACCACACGGGUUUUAACCUAGUAAAAAAUAUAUAAAAGACCGGACAAAAAAGAUAUGUUAGGCAUUUAUACUCUA